AUGAAAGUCGAAUAUCAACGAUGUUCAUUUUUUUGCAUUGCUCAAAUCGCUGCUUGCAGAUGCGAAGAAACGUUAGGUGGGGAAUCAGGAACGAGAUUCACAUUACCAAAACUUAACGGUCUCCAUUUCAUACAUACUCUCAUAAUUCAUACGUGUGACCUUCUGAUUAUACCGAAUGGAACAUUCGAUGGUGUUGUUUUUCAUCAACUCAUUAAGUUGGUCGCGAUCAAACAAGUGGUGCUGAGUCCGUGGACAUUUCGUGGUAUUUUGCGAUCACCUCACGAACUGAUCAUCCAAGAAGCGAAUUUCCAUCGUAUUCCAAAAAAUGCAUUCUCUGGCUUGUCGAAUUUGAAACAUAUUUGGUUUCGUAAUGCAACAAUUGGUUCAAUUGCAGCGCGUGCAUUUGAGCAUAAUUUUUCAGGUAAAAUGCAUGAAGUGGAAAAUUUCUUCAUACGUGGAAAUGUGCGAAUUCGUUCACUGGGUGCGAUGGUGUUCAGCGAUUCACAAAUUGCACAGCUUGUGUUCGAGGAUGUUCGUAUGAGCACAAAUGAGUUAUGUUUUAUUGGAGUUGAAGUGAAUAAGCUGAUGCUGAUGCGAUGCAGAUGGCGUAAUCGAAGAACGCGACAUUUAUCUCGAUUCAUAUCGCAGUCCAUCGAUCACGUGCAUCUAAUCAAUACAACUGUUGAUCGAUUAGCGCUUUCAACUUUCUUCAAUUCAACAAAAAUUCAAAUUGAUCAAUCGACGAUUGCCGAGCUAUCGCCCGCCACCUCGAAUCUACGUGCACGUUCAAUUUAUUUCUUCAAAUCGACAAUUAAGCAAAUCACCUCAAACGCUUUCCACAAUAUCAAUUCAAUUGAGCUGCUCGAAGUUGUCCAAAGCAAAAUCGGUAUCAUAUCGGAACGAGCAUUUCGCAAUGCCAAUAUCGAAACACUGCUUUUCGACAAAAGCUCAAUCGAUCAAAUCCAUACCACAAGUUUCGAAAAAACUCGAAUCAGAACACUGCAAUGGAGUGAAUGUGAAAUUGGUGGAAUGUCAGCAAAUAUCUUUUUGAAUACGAUAAUUCAACAAAUUUUGAUCUCAAAAUCAAAAGUCACUUCAAUAGCAAAUAAUUGUUUUGCCGAUUUGAUACUGGCAACGUUUCUCAUUGUCGAUUCGAAAAUGUCACAGAUUGGGUCCUCACCGUUUGCCAAUGUCCAGGUUGAAAACCUCACACUGCACAAUAAUGAAUUUACAUUCGGCGAUUUCGGCACGAUAUUUGCUCAGUUGGGAGUGUUAUCAUUAACAGCAACGAAUAACGUGUUUGGGUGUGAUCCAAAUGAUUGUGAAACAAAUGCGUUGUUGCUGAAUAAUGACGAGCGGUACAUGCCGUGGUAUUUUGAGAAUAACAGAUGCUUGAAGUCGCAUGGAAAAGAGAUAUGCAAACGAGAGUUGGAAUGGACCGAUCGAGGUGGGGUGCAUUGUCGUGGACGUCAUCAGAUCGUUGAGUGUGUCUGCGACGGUGACACGACAAGUGACAAAUCAGUUCAACUACCUCAGACGAACGCAUCAAUACUGUUGAUUGGUGACUGCAUACAGCUACACAUCAACUCAGCAUCAACAUCGCGUGUAACAUCGCUACACAUUUAUCGCAUCGAAACACUUCAGUUGCUCAGAUUACCACCACGUUUGAAGACACUUCAAAUAUUCCAUUCAAGAGUGCACUUUAUCAACGAAAAUGCUUUUGCCUACCUCAACAUGGAUCGUGUCGAAGUGAUUGCGACACACAUCAACACGAUUGAACGCUAUGCAUUCCGUGAUUCUUCCGUAAAAACAUUCAUAUUACGUGACAGCGCUCUACUGAACGCCGAACGUCAUGCUUUUGGUAGUUCGUCAAUUGAGAAUUUCUAUGCAGAAAUUUGUAAAUUUUAUCGAGUUGAUAAUCUUUGGUCGUAUUUGAAUAAUGUAAGUAUAAGGCAAAGCUUUGUGGAUAAUCCAAUUGAAUUGAUGCGUUUGAGGACGUUUUGUUUCGAAGAUAGCGAUAGCGCAUGCGAAUGCGUUCCCGAUGAAUUUAUCGAAAGAAAUAGAUGUGAGACGAGGAUUGAAAGCUGUCCUGAGAGCGAUAUCUCCGUGGAAAAUUGGCAGACGAAGUUCUGUAUGAAAGCAGAUCAACACAACUCUGGUACAGCAUCGGUCAAAGCUGAUUCUAAUCGGCGAUUCUCGGUGUUGUUGAUUCCCGAUUGUAACAAGCUUGCAGCCAUGAUAUUUCUUCUCUAUAGGUUUGCGGUUGUUGUAUAA